AUGAUGCAACCAGAUCAUGACCUGCCGUAUGAUUUGGAGGGAGAGAUACUCUCUCACCUUCCAAUACAAAUUCUCGCUCGAUUUAGAUGUGUUUGCAAGAGAUGGAACACUCUUUUCAAGGAAAGGAGGUUCUUCAACAGUGAUUUGGGUCUCGCCCGUCCACAAUUCAUCUUGCUUGCCGAAUCCAAGAUUUGCUCGGUGGACGUUAAUCUUGACGGCCCAUCUAUAGAGGUGCAUAACUUGCCCUCAGAUAUUCCCGGUUAUAAACUUUAUAUGCCCAUGCACGUCGAAUAUUGCGACGGGUUAUUUCUUUAUGCAACCUGUUAUGGGAUUGGGAUUUGCAACCCAUGGCUGAGACAGAUUAGAUGGUUCAAAUCCAGUUAUGAAGGUUAUGAUUUCAGUGGGAUGGGAUACGACAAUAGUAGACAGGACAAGCACUACAAGAUCUUAGGGUCUUACUGUACAAAUACAACCAUGAAUGCUAGUGUCACCGAGUUGGGAUCCGAUGCAUGGAAAUCUUACGAAUUUGCAUUCCAUAGUUGGAAUUUAUCUAUGUCGCCUUAUAGUGUUUCAUUGAAUGGAAAUUUGUAUUGGGUUGCUUAUAAUCAUGAGUCUCGUGAUUAUUUUAUUCAAAGCUUCGACUUUUCUACGGUGAGCUUCAAACACUAUUGUAUCUUGCCUACUAAAAACGGGCAUCGUCAAUGCGAUGGUAGAUCACUUGCGAUAUUUAGGGAAGAUCGAUUUUCGUUUUUAGAGCAAGAGAUCUAUAACACAAGGAAUAUAGAGAUUUGGGUGACAAAAGAAACUAUUAAAAAUGGGGAUGGAGAAGCUGUAGAGUGGGUGAAUUUGAUGAGUGUGUUAGUUCCCGAAUGGUCGAGUUUAAGUGUCAACUAUUACCCGCCAAGUUACUUCGUCGAUGAAGAUAAAGUUGGUUUGACUCUUGUAAUAUGUUGUUAUAACAAGGAGGGAAAAGCUUAUAUUUAUAUUGCCAAGGGAGAUAAGUUCCAUGAAAUUGAAAUAAAAGAUUUGGUUGAGUAUAAUCCUCGUCACCGUACCUAUUUUCCCAAUUUGAUCCAAGUUCCUACGUUUACGAUGAGCGGUAGGAGUAUAACCCAACAUCAGGUUGAAUCUCGCUUCGCACCCCUCAGGGGAAUACAAGUGAGCGUUGGAGUUGGAGGAGACGAGUGGGACGAUGGUUUCUUCGACAAUGUAAAGGAAAUAAUUAUACAUACAAAUUCUUUAGGCAUCAUCUUUGUCAAGUUUUACUACCGCAACGGUAACGUACGUGUAGCCGGAGCCGCUCAUGGGGAUUCCACCGAGACUCGCGGGCUUAUGGUUCCCGACGACGACUACAUUGAAGCCGUCCAAGGGACCUACACUGAGAGUCACAUCACCUCCAUGGCGUUCCGGUUGCACAAGGGCAACCGGUCGCUACGGUUUGGAUUCUUCGAGGGAAUGUCCUUUGUGCUUGGAGGAGCACGAGGCUCAAAGAUCAUCGGAUUUUACGGAAGAAGCUCUGAUCUCUACCUCACCGCUUUCGGCGUGCACUUCUCCCCCCUUCCCUAGAUUUUUCAUUUCCAAGAUGAAUAAUGAUGUGUAAGAUGGGAGCCUAGUAAUUCAUUUACUCUAUUUUUUGUUUAAUAUCUUUACUAAAUAAAAUUUGAUGUCUCAAGCU